UGCGGCCCGCUAGUCAGCUGUUUGCUGUUGUUGGUUCGAUCUCGUGCGGGUUGUUUUAGCGAACGAACUUCUUUCAUUCAUUCAUUCAUUAAUUUACCGGCUCUGGCAGUCGCUGUUUCAAAAUUUUUGUAAAACAGGAAACAAUGGCCACCUACGCUACCUACAGGCACAUCGAACUCGACAAAGUCGGCUACGGAAAGAAAAGAGUACGCAACCCAUCGAGCGAUAUUUUCAACGUUUUGUGUUCACCAUCAUCAGGAAAUUCAACCCCCCAGAGAAAUGGUACACAUACUCCGCGUCGUACUCAUAUCCAUAAUGACUCUUUCAAUCGUCUCUUUGGAACCCCCGAACAGGGAUCUAGUACACCUCGUAGGGCUUCAUUCAAUAAGCACGAUGUAACCAACAGAAACCCAGUUACUGGUGACGGCGUCACUUCCUGGGAUCAGAAGAAAAUUUCUCCGAAAAUGCGCACUGAACGCAACCCCGUAACAGGCGAGUAUUACACUAUUGUUAGUCCAGCAACUACCCCUACAAAGCCAAUGCAAAACGGUUUCUCUCAGCAAAACGGUCACGAUGCCACCCCUCAACAGAACGGCACCAAGGAAUCCACCCCCGAAAAGAUUAUCGUCAACGGAAGUGCAUAAAUAUCGCGUUCUCAAAAAAGAAAAAAAAAAAUGAAAACCCUCUGCACUACUUGAAUUUCCUUUAGAAGUAACUAAGGCUAACUUUGGCCCAUUUUUUUACUAUUCACCAAAGAAAAAAUGGUUAUUAAGCCAAAGUUUGCUUAAUCGCUUCGUGUAAGUUGCUUACUUUUCAUUUCUUGAUUUUUAUUAAAGAUUAAAUUUUUUAUGAGAUUUGUUUGCCACACCUACCUUUUGUUUCUACCGAAACUGAACCGUAGGACGACAAGGAAAAAAAAUGUUUGCACGUUAAAUAAAAAAUUAAAAUAUAAACGUUGUUCUCACAAUAAAGCAAAACCAUUUCGAAUUUGGAUGUUAUGAAGCACUGAUACUUUCUUCUAACAGUUACGUCAUUACAUAUUAGUAAGAUAAUUUGCAUUUAAUAAACUACUAAAGUUAAAUGUGUAGGAACUUGUAGGGGGCUACGUUUGCAUGUCUUUCGUUUCGUUUUAUUCAAUGUGUGACCUAUGAAGCAUUUUAAUUGUACUUUGUUUUUUUUUUUAUUACUGUUACAAAAUAAUUGAUAAUGAUUUACAUGUGAACAGUCCCAUUUUCUUUGUAUGAUGUAGAUAAGUAUAGAAACUUAAAUUUUAAAGUACAUAUAUACAUAUAUUUAAUUAAGAAUUUCUAGCAAUAAAUUUUAUAGCGGGA